GCGGAGGCUAUGGCGGCGGUGGCAGGGUGUGGUGAGGCCCGGCGGUGGAUGGUGGUCGCUCCUCUCCUGCUCGUCCUGUUGCAGCCGGCGGCUUGGGGAGUAUUGCAGUUGGGAGGUUCUGAGCUGGAUGCAGUUGAGAGAGGCUGUGGUCAGUGUGAGAUCGACCAAUGUGAUGGGAGCGUGGGAUAUGGAGGAAGUCCAGAUGAAAGUGGAGAAACAACACUGGAUGCAAUGAUUAUGAAUGGCAACACCAUGGAAGUUGGAGCAGUUGCGGAUCUCAGACAUGUAAAAAAUGCAAUCAGUGUAGCACGAAAAGUCAUGGAAUACACUAAGCAUACGUUAUUAGUGGGAGAGUCAGCCUCCCUGUUUGCUGUAAGAAUGGGGUUUCCGUAUGAAGAUUUAACUACCCAAAAAUCUCUUUUGGUGUAUUCAGAGUGGCUUAAUCAAAGCUGUCAGCCAAAUUACUGGAAGAAUGUGAUACCAGACUCUUCAAAAUCCUGUGGACCAUACAAACGACCUGAAAAAGUAACUUAUAAAGAAGAGCAGAUCUCACGAAGAAGUUUUCAUAAUCAUGAUACUAUUGGUAUGAUUGUAAUCGGUGGGAGUGGAACUGUUGUUUCUGGGACAUCUACUAAUGGUGCAGUCCACAAAAUUCCAGGCCGUGUAGGAGACUCUCCGAUAGCUGGAGCAGGUUCCUAUGCGGAUAGCACAGCAGGAGGAGCUGCAGCCACUGGGGAUGGUGACAUAAUGAUGCGCUUCUUACCCAGUUAUCAAGCUGUGGAGUAUAUGAGAAUGGGAACAGACCCAACAGUAGCCUGUCAGAAAGUAAUUUCCAGAAUCCAGAAGUAUACUCCAAAGUUCUUUGGUGCUGUCAUAUGUGCCAAUAGAACUGGAAGUUAUGGUGCUGCGUGUAAUAAAAUUCCAGGAUUCACUCAGUUUCACUUCAUGGUUUCUAGUCCUUUGCUAAGUCAUCCAACUGAGCAAGUAGUAGAUUGCAUUUAAUUUCUUUUGUCAUAUUAACAUCUAAAUUUAAGACAGGGAAAGUGCUAAGCUUCCCUAGAUGCUGCUUUUUAAAAUGGUUAUUCCGAGGUCUGAUGGCUCUUACUGUCUGUUUGGUCUUGUAAGAACUAAGUAGCCAAAAGUGAUGAACAUUAACCACUGAACUGGACCUUUGCUUUGCCAUUUGGUAACAUAUUUGGCAGAAAUCUGAAAGGAUGGGGAGCAGGAAGGUCUCUGCCUCUAUGCAUGAGACUUAUUUUGAGAAAAAUUGCCUAAGACAGUCCAGGUUUUCAUUUCUCUUGAAAAGAAAAUUGCAUGCAAAUGCUGACAAACAAGGAAGGAGGUUUGAAGAGUAGUGGAGACUAUUUCGAAGCUUUAAUUAAGAGGUAAGGAGCAUCUCCUUGUGGACCUUUUUAACUUGUUUCAAGACAGCUGAGAAUACAUUUGAAUAGAGAGGGCAUCCAAACAUCCCUAGUAGUACAAGCCUUCAAGGAGUAUUGUGUUGACUCUGACUGGAUGGGAAGACAGUUCAAAACCUUCCUGUCACCUGUUUUAUGUAGUGGAAGUUAAGUUAUAAAUCUUAAUCCAAGUGAUUUCCUUGUCCUUAAUAUGCUGAGCACUUUCCCUAUGACACAUUUACACCUUCAAAGGAGCAGUUGAAUACCUAAAGCAUGAAAGUUACCUACAGCUGACAAAGCUGGGUUUGUCACUUUCUAUGUCUAGAUACCAGGAUUCAUUUGUAAUAGCACUUCAGCAUCUUGAGGAUUGUUCCACAGGUAUUUGAAGAUGUUUGACUCUUUUCUUAACUUGGAGUCUUUCUGGUCAUUUGAUUGAAUCUUUGCUAAACUUGGACUAGGAAAAGUUAAAGGGGGGAGCAGGUAAAAUAAGUGUCUUGUCAUAAACUUGAUUUAUUCUUUGUCUACUUCAAUAAAAUUAUUGGGUAAUAAAAGCACA